UCACAUGGAUUUCAGAGUUGCACACACCUGGGACGGCUCCCCAGUGGGCCACGAGCCCGCGCGCGUCGGGCUGGAGCCGGGGCGCGGAGGGGUGCUCCUGCAGGUCAGCGCUCCGUUUUUCAACGACCCUCCGGCCCCACCCGGAGCGCCCGGGAAGCCUUUCAGCGGACUGUGGGAUUAUGAAGUUGUGGAAGCAUUUUUCUUGAAUGACAUUACGGAACAAUAUUUAGAAGUUGAACUUUGCCCCCAUGGACAGCAUUUGGUGCUUCUAUUAUCUGGAAGAAGAAAUGUGUGGAAACAAGAACUUGCUCUAUCAUUCAAAGCGUCCAGGGGAGAGACCACCUGGGAGGGCACAGCCUGUAUUCCUUGGAGUUAUUUUCCACCAAAUGUGACAAAAUUCAAUGCAUUUGCAAUUCAUGGAUCAAAGGAUAAAAGAAGUUAUGAAGCUCUUUACCCUGUGCCUCGGCAUGAACUGCAACCCGGACAAAAACCUGACUUCCACCGUCUGGAAUACUUCAAGCCUUUCAGUUUUAACACACUGCUUGGAGAAGAGUGGAAACAACCAGAAUCUGACCUGUGGCUAACAGAGAAGCCUGAUUUGUAGGAGUAUAGUAGCUGACCACAUCAAUCACUUCUUCCGUAUACCUUUUAAGGUAAAUCAAUAGCAAGCAUAAUCUCUUUCAAGAUGCCGUGAAAGCAUUUCAACAAUAAAUAUUUUCAUAAAGGUCAAUGGCAGUAUAUCUCUCUGGAAAGUGGUGAAUAAAUUAAUAAGAAGAUGGAAAGUGUGUUGAUGAUUGUAUCUAAAAAGUUAAUGUUUUUCUCUGAGUCAUUUAGCCAGGAGCCCUGGUGUUAGUGAGUUCUGGCCUCUGCUCUGUAUCACCCUUACCCCAGAUAUGCCCGACUCGGCCACUCACAUCACUUCUCUUCCCGCUUCCCCAAACCUCGGCCAUCCUGAGACAGGGCCAUCUUACCGAAUAUUCUUGAAUGCCGUGUAAUAUACAUUAAUUCUUUGCUCAGAAUCUUUUGUCCACUCUCGAAAUGAGUAGAAAACAGUGACCUAUUUCAGUUCAACAGGAAAUCCACAUCUGUCAAGGCAUCAUUAAGAUACAUGUGUUAUUUAACGAGCUGGUUUUCCUGUCUUAGGACUAUUUUCACUCUAGAAGGAAUGAAAUUUGAGUAGCAGCUUCUGCUUUUAUUAUAAAGAAAUGCCAUUUUCUUAAUGCUAUUAAACAAUGGGUGGAAUGUACUCUUUUUUUGUUUUUUGGCAAACAUCAAAUAGCCUGGUGUACAAUUUUCAAAUUUUCAGUUAUAUUUCAGAGCUUGCAGCUAUCUAGUAGGUCCUGCAUGAACCUCUCCACCAAACCUGGUGUUUCUCCAGCAUUCUCAACUCAGAGGUUAGCAGUUUUGCAUAAAAACCUUCAUUACUAGUACAGAUACCCAGUCGCCUACCCAAGAUAUACUUUCAACUCUUCUGUAUGAAUAGAACUUUAAUUUUUAAGGGCUCUUGUCAAAAACUGCAUUUUCCCAGAUUCCUUUGCAGAUGGAAAUGACCACAUAAGACAGCUCAUGUCAAUGAGAUAUAAGCAUUAUUCGUAGUGUCUGGUGGGGCCUCAAGAAAAGAUGCUGUAAAGAUGAAAGACACAGGUGCCGUACACCCUUUGUCCCUUGCCUUCCCCCUUCCUUUUUCCUGAGUUGCAGAGUGAAUUCCCGAGGUAACACACUAGUGACCAUGGUCAGCAAGGAGCCACCUAAGGGAGAGCUGAGCGGAAAGACGAAGGAGCCGGGGUUCCAAAGGGCACAGGAGUAGAGCCGUCUGUCUGGACUGCCCACCCACACCGGGGAGAAGGGAGCACCUACUCUGUUUCCCCAAAGCAAUUUGUAGAUUCAGUGCAAUCCCAGUAAAAAAAAACCCUAGAAGAUUUUUUUGGGGUGGAAAUUAACAUGCUGAUUCAAUGGUCAUGGAAAAAAUAUAAUUAAAAAUAUGUGGGAAAAAAAUGGAAAGAACCUUAGCCAAAACAAUUUUGAAACAGAAUAAAGUUGGAGGACUUGUACUGCCUGAAUCAAGACUGUUACUAAGCUUCAGUAGUGAAGACAGUACGCCCUCGGCAUAAAUUUAGACAAAUACGUUGUAUGUUGGUGGAACAGAAUAGGGGACCCAGAAAGGGAAGUCUUUGGAGUCAAUCGACUUUGACAAAGGCACAUGGUAUUGAAAAGGGAAAGGAUGGUCCUCUCAACAUAUGGUGUGGCAAUAACUGAAAAAACAUGAAACAGUAUGAACCCUGACCUCUACCUAAUAUCCUACAGAAAAAAUGGACCUAACUGUGAUUGGAGAAAUAAAAAAUUCUGGGAGAAAGUCUUAAUGAUCCGAAGAAGACAGAUUCUAAAUUUUAAACUUAUCUAAAUUUCAAAUAGAACAUAAAAAGUACUCACUGAAACAGAAAAAAAAAUAAGUUGGACUUCAUCAAAAUGAAAAGAUUUUCCUUAUCAAAAGCCUCCAGGAAAUGUGAAAAAGGAAGUCACAGGUUGGGAUACAAUAUUCGAAAUACAGGGUAUCUGACAGAGGACUCUUACUGAGAGGAUAUGUGAAGAACUGAAAAUCAGUAAUAGUGAGACAAACCACAAACCACUUCUUGCUCUUAAGUAGCAAAAGAACAGAUACUUGGCAGAAGAUAACAUACAAAAGGCCAAUAAAUAUAUAGAAAGGUUCCAACCUCACUUAUCAUCAAAGAAAUGUGAAUUAAAACCACAGCAAGAUACCACAGAAUGACUACAAUUACAAACUAUGUGCAAUGGCUAACUGGCUGAAACUGAA